ACUCUCCUAACCCACAUCGUUACACAACAUCUGUGCUCCGAAAGUAUAACAACUGUUACAUUAACUAACAAAUAUUAACAAUUAUUCAUUAGCUACGAGACGCGACAUUCUGAUGGUAACAAAUAUGGCAACAGAUCGCGAUUUCCUUGCACAAAUGGGUUCCAUGAAUCUCGAAGACGAUCAAGGCCUUCAGCAAAUUCUGGAUCCUUCAACUUCCGAACAGGUAGCACCAAAUCCAGGUGGCAAUCAGACACAACAGAGUGUUCGUCGAAAAACGAUCUAUACUCGAACUGAUAUGCUAGGACGCAGUGUGCCCACAAAUGAAAACAACUCUUUACAGACAUCGGGUGAAGCACAGACCAUAUCUCAAUCAUCUAGCAGAGAUAAUGCCAUAUAUGCAACCUUAACGCCUCGAAUAGGAAUGGAAUUAAACAAAGGUGCUGAACCAUAUAAGAUCAAAAAGACGCAAAGUAUGCCUAAUACGCCACAUGGGAUGCGUUGCAGCAUUGAUAGCUUUAUACCACCCAAAGUGAUUCCUCAAAUGAACAAGUCCUGGACGUCUCUGGAGUGUAAAGAGCAGCCAGAACUCGAUAAAAGAAUUGCAAAGAAUUAGGAUUCCCGGAUAUUAGCACUCGUAGCAACAGUCCCGUAGAUGAACCAACUCCAAGUAAAUUGGAGAAGGAAGUAAAAGUCCUGUUCUCCGCUCGUCCUUUGCAUUAUAGUACUGAGAAUCUGACACAAUCUGGUUCUGGAGAAGGUGAUGGCAUUGGGAAAUCUACAAUUGAUCAGGACGAUUGCAGUCAGAACCAUAAGCAAAGGGAUAAAAACUGAUUUUAAUUGCUUAAACAUUGUUAAAAUUUUUGGUUAAUUUUUAUUGCA